AUGGCUUAUGUUUCUACUUGUAGCAGGGCCAAUGCGCUGCAGAUGCAGCGGUUGUUGCGUCCCGGUCGUCAUUGCUACGCCAAGUCAGCACUGUAUACCAGUACCAGUACCGGUAGUAACACCAGUAGUGAUGGCACCGAUACUUUUGAUCAAGCAAGGUUUCAGCUGUUUGCAGGCUCUGCUUCUCGCGUGCCCUCGUUGGAUCCGGUAAAGAAUCAUCGUCAUUGUCCACUGGUGUACCACGAAGACUACUCGUUCGACGGUUGGCCUCCGGAACAUUCGUUUCCCAUGGACAAGUUUGAAAGAUUGGCACAUGUGCUCUUGAACACUCCAACAGCUACUGGUAUAGAAGAAGAGGAUAAUGAAGACAAGCAACCGUUGGUCUUGGACUCGCAGCAUUUCUUUCGUCCCCUCGACUAUUCCUCUCGCAAUCUACCACUCCUGAAGAAUUGGUUGUCGGGACCUCUCGACAAGGAUUUUGUGCAACGCUUCUUGGAAGCUCAAUUGUCGACCGAAGAAGCUCGACAAAUUGGAUUUCGAGAACAAGCGCAUCAACCAAAAUUGAUUCGACGAACUGUACUCGAAGUGGCAGGAACCGUGUUGACGGCACAAUUGGCCUGUCAUUACGGCAUUGCGGCUCAUUUGGCGGGAGGCACACAUCAUGCCGAUCAUCAAAAGGGAGCCGGAUACACCAUUCUCAAUGAUCUCAUCGUGGCGGCCAGUUGUUGUCUUACUCCUACUGACGCUAGUAGUAGUCUCGAGUUGCCAUUUCCCAUUGACCGUGUCCUUGUCAUUGACGCCGAUGUCCAUCAAGGAGAUGGCACGGCACGAUGUAUGCAAGCACUUCCACACUUAUUCCACAAUCGACUCUUUACACUCAGUUUACACUGUGCAUCCAACUAUCCACACCCGAAGGCACACUCCACCUACGAUGUACCAUUGCCCGAUGGCAUGACGGACCAAGAAUACCUCGAAACACUGAAACGGACUGUCACCAAGGCUGUGGACGAGGUCCAACCCGAUUUGAUUCUCUACGAUGCCGGAGUCGAUAUUUAUAAAGGAGAUCGUCUCGGACGACUCGAUGUUUCAUUGGAGGGAAUACGACAACGCGAUCGAUUCGUCGUCGAGUAUUGUGCCGUGCAAAUGGAAAUACCCGUUGCCGCCGUUAUUGGAGGGGGAUACGAUAAGAACAAUGUCACGGCGCUCGCCCAACGACAUGCCAUUUUACAUGAAGAAUGUUCCCGUGUUUGGAGGGACCACCAAUUGUGGAACAAGGCGUUGGUGUAA